AUGUCAACGGUAAACACGACCGAGUGCAUAAUCUGCUAUAACGAAUACGGUGAGCUCGUGAGCGUGAUCGCGACAAAAAUCAAUAAACUGGCUUGCAGACACCGAAUUCAGAAAGCCGUGCAUUGGCACUUGCGGACACUCGAUUUGUGAAGGAUGCAAGCACCAGAUGGUUUCGUCAAAGUGUCCGCAAUGCAACAGAGAGGAAGCGUUCGCAAUCACAACCAUCAAUUAUCAAGUUCUUGAAUUAAUCAAGCAUUUUAAAAGUAUGCAAGCGGGCGGGGAAGUACCCACCAACUUGAACAAAGUUCUUGGCGACGAUGGAAAGGUUAGCAAAUUUGAAUGCAUUUCCCGUUCACCCCAAUUUUUACGUUUUCAGGGAUUAGAAGAAGGAGAGUGCAGCGAAUGCACGUCAAGAUCUCGAAAACUUCGGAUAUGUGUCACUUGCGCAACAAACGAAGGAGUUCUGCUAUAUGACAAGGCAAAGAACGAGUCCGUGUUAAAUGUAAUCGAUAACGACGUCGACGGUGCCAUUAGAAGAGCAAAAAAUCUUGCGAUUUGCGGAGACUGCGCUCUAGACGGACAACUCCACGGAGGGCACAAAACGAAACAGUUGGCGACGCUGAAGAGCAGUCUCGAAGACAGAGUUCAAGCGAACAUCGAACAGAAGGUAGCCAAAAUGACGGAUAAAGUGAAUGAAACGUGCAAACGACUGAGUGAUCAGUUCAAUACCACAAUCGAAUCGCUAAAAGCAUAUUUUAAACAAUACGAGAAGCUGGAGCAAGCUGGCGACAAAAAAAUACAUUUCAACAAUGUAGAAUCGAGUCUCGAACAGAUCGGAAACACAGUCGUCAUGGUGGAAGAUUCCAUCAAACGAUUGUGUCUGCUCGACGUAGAGUUCAAACAGCAGGGCCAUCUCGUGGAGUUGAAUAAAAAAGUUGUGCCAAAAUCGUUAAUGGUUUUCGCCAACCUAGACCCCGUUCUCGUCGCAGGUAAUUCAUUCGUCCGUUCAAUUCCACAACCUUCUCUUUUCAGAUCGCAAACAAAGUGCAAAAGAGCCGCUUCUGAUAGGAGUGUUCAAUCCGAAAGACAAAUCGUGGCAACCGGUCGGAAGAAUGCCGAAUCCGAAAUCGAAUUAUGCUGUUGCUAGUAACAAGUCGCAAAUUUUUAUAGCCGGAGGAAUGAACAAUGGAAGUUGGCUCAACACUUUAGAAAUGUACGAUAGAGAUAAGAAUUUGAGAAGAGAUGUGAGUUUUCGAAACAGUUUUCUUGCAACAAAAAAAACAUAUUUUGCAGUGUAACAGAAUGAAAAAAGGAAGAACUCGCACGUCGGCCGGCUUCCAUAACAGCAGAUUGUUCGUUGCCGGCGGAUACGACGGGAGCUAUAUGAAUUCGGUGGAAUCGUACGAUCCGGAGCACGGAGACUGGAAAGAAGCGCCGCAAUUGCAGAGAGCUCGUGCCGACGCGGCGAUCGUCAGUUGCAACGGAGAGCUUUUCGGUGAGAAUCAUCAAAGAGUUCGACAGAAUGUAAUCUUAACAUAUUGCAGUUCUCGGUGGAUUCAACGGAAAAGAAUACGAAGAGAAAAUUGAGAAAUUGAAUGAGCAAAGUCAGAAAUUCGAAGUGGUCGGUAAUAUGGAAGGAAGUCGUGCCGGAUUUGGAGCUUGCGGAUUCAAAGGAAGAAUCUACAUUGCGGGAGGAUGGAGCAACUCGAGCAACACGCUCCGAUCUGUCCGAAGCUACGAUCCACUGACGAAGAAGUGGAGAGACGAAGAGUCACUGAACAAAGACCGAAAAUACUUUACACUGCAUGCAACCAACGAGGCGAUUUACGCAGUCCGUGGAUGUGCCGACAGCUGGAGUCUGAUCAACGAAGUCGAGCGAUACGAUCCUGAGCGAAGCAAAUGGGAGCUUAUUGCGUGCGCAGCGGCGCCUGCGUCAACACCCUCGUCACAAGCGUCUUCAAGCACGUAA